AGAAGAUGAAAUCGUUGAACUACAUUUAAAAAAUAAAAUUAAGAACGUUAAUCGAACUAUGAACGCGUUUAUGAUUUAUCGAAAAGAAUUUAAUCAUAUAGUAACAAAUUCCAAUCUUAAACUCAAAGAUAUAUCUAAAUAUGCUGGCAUUUCAUGGAAAAACGAGACGGAAGAUGUCAAAAACUAUUACCGACAGAUGGCAAAAGAAGUAAAAAAAAUUUUCAAAGAAAAAGUGCCUCCUUAUUUCGUCCCCAGUAAGCAAGAACUUAGUAUAAAGGACAUUCUGACUAUAGAUGAUGAUGAAAUUAUUAGUCAUCUUUCAGAAGAUUUAGCUUUAACUUAUAGAGCAAUCAUUCAAUCAUUAACAUUUUAA